CCGGCGCUGGCCUGGCCCGCGUCAAGUUCGGGAGUUGCACUAGUUGGCGGGGUGGGCGAAGGCGGAGCGGGCGGCGAUGGAGGAGGACCGGGGGUCGGCGCUGGCGGCCGAGUCGGCCCUGGAGAAGAACGUGGCGGAGCUGACCGUCAUGGACGUGUACGACAUCGCGUCGCUGGUGGGCCACGAAUUCGAGCGGGUCAUCGACCAGCACGGCUGCGAGGCCAUCGCGCGCCUCAUGCCCAAGGUCGUGCGCGUCCUGGAGAUCCUGGAGGUGCUGGUCAGCCGCCACCACGUCGCGCCGGAGCUGGACGAGCUGCGCCUGGAGCUGGACCGCCUGCGCCUGGAGAGGAUGGACCGCAUCGAGAAGGAGCGCAAGCACCAGAAGGAGCUGGAGCUGGUGGAGGACGUGUGGCGAGGGGAGGCGCAGGACCUCCUGUCCCAGAUCGCCCAGCUGCAGGAGGAGAACAAGCAGCUCCUGACCAACCUUUCCCACAAGGACGUCAGCUUUUCCGAGGAGGAGUUCCAGAAGCACGAAGGCAUGUCCGAGCGGGAGCGGCAGGUGAUGAAGAAGCUGAAGGAGGUGGUGGACAAACAGCGCGACGAGAUCCGUGCCAAGGACAGGGAGCUCGGUCUGAAGAACGAGGACGUGGAGGCACUGCAGCAGCAGCAGACGCGGCUGAUGAAGAUCAACCAUGACCUCCGGCACCGCGUCGCCGUGGUGGAAGCCCAGGGCAAGGCCCUGAUCGAACAGAAGGUCGAGCUGGAGGCAGAUCUGCAGACCAAGGAGCAGGAGAUGGGCAGCCUGCGGGCGGAGCUCGGGAAGCUGCGGGAGAGGCUGCAGGGUGGACUCAGCCAGAACGGCGAGGAGGAGCCUGAGACGGAGCCCGGUGGAGAGGAGACUGUCUCAGAGGCGGAGAAGGUGGCGAUGGACCUCAAGGACCCCAACCGCCCCCGCUUCACGCUGCAGGAGCUGCGGGACGUGCUGCACGAGAGGAAUGAGCUCAAGUCCAAGGUGUUCUUGUUGCAGGAGGAGCUGGCGUACUACAAGAGUGAAGAAAUGGAAGAGGAGAAUCGAAUACUCCAGCCUCCGCCCAUCGCCCACCCGAGGAUGUCCCCCCAGCCAGAGUCGGGGAUCAAGCGACUUAAAGAAGGUCCUUUAAGUGACGGGUUUAGCUUCUUCUCCCGAGAUAAGAAGCGUCUGGCUAACACGCAGAGGAACUCGCACAUCCAGGAGUCCUUCGGCCAGUGGGCCAACUCCCACCGCGACGACGGUUACACGGAGCAAGGACAGGAAGCCCUGCAGCACCUGUGACCGUGGCCCCCCUCUGCCCGGGGACAGGAACCCGCAGCCGCCAGCACGACCUGGCAGCCCCAGGUGUCGCUGCCUUGCACACGUCUCGGUCCGGGCGCCCCCUCCAAACUGAUCUCUCAAACGAACUGUCCACGUCGAGGAAGCACAUUGAAAAGCGCCUGCCAAACUCUACAAAAUGUUUUAUGCCCAGCGUUCUCACCGUGUAUAAUAGAUGACUCUGGUCCCUUAGGAUAUAUAUUUAAUAAGACCAUGAGUGGAGGCCAGACUUUUGCAUUAACUUCAGUAACACAAGCUUCUUUAAGCCAAAUAUACCACUUGCCACUGUU